CGCAGAAAAUCAUUGGGGAUAUGUAUUUUAAACUAUAGCUUUUCGUUGUCCUUUUUAUUUCUUCCAUUGUUUUUUUUUUUGUCAUUGUGGUUUUAUUUCCCUUAAUAAUGCGUGGGGUUGUCGUAGCAAGUAUUUUUCUCGUUGUACACUGUAUGUGUGUAGUUAUAAACGCUGAAUUCGUCCGCGAUCAACCGUCUACAGACGUCCAAAAAUUAUCGAUCUCGAGAAAAUCCCUGAACUCUCAUCGACGUUUUCGCCGAGACGCGAAACACGAGGAUGAAAAAGAUGUAGUCAACGUAGGAGGAGACGGGAAAUGUGACAAUCCUGCCGUGGAUGAAAGCAGUAAAAUCGAAGAUAAUCCAGUAAGUCUAGUGCAUUUUGCAGUUUUGUUUUUUGUUUACAAAGAACAGCCAUAUUUCCGCAUCUUGUAACAACGGUAGUUGCAAUUCAUUGGAACCUUUUUUCUUUUUUGAAGUGGAAGUUUGAAAACGAAACAAAGAUGAGUAUUUCCAUCAGCUGGAUCGGUAAAAAACAGACUGGAGAAGCUGCGGUGAGUAAAGCUUUUAAUUAAGACCCUUAUUUUUCGGUUUACGAAAACUACGUCGUUUACCUCAGCGAUACCGAUGCAUCUACCAACUGAAAUUAGUACUCGGUUUAAUUUACCUAGUGCGGAUCACAUGAUGAUCGGUGAUGUUUAGACAGAAUUAUAGGCUCUCAGUAUGUGCAAACUUUCUAUCAAACCUUUGCUCGAUCUUACGGCUCUAGCAAGUGUUUUUGUUGUUAAAUUUUAGGUGCUUUUUAUCCCCUGCAGUUAUUGUUUACCAUUAAUCAAAAAAUGUCGGCUAUUAAAUUAUGAAGGACAAAUUACCAUGGUAUCCAAAAAUUGCUCUAGGAAUGCCCUUUUUUCUUAAGAUAUAUGCGCAUGAAGUUUUGGCUCGCAGUUUUUUUCGUUUUUUUCCUAACAAAGGCAAAUGUAACAUUUACAGGGAAAGAUUUAGACGAAUUUCCAUGAGAUUGUUUAAAUUUGACGUGGAGUAGUACUAUUAAAUAUAAUGAUUUUUAAGUCUUUAGGAUACAGAUUGAAUUUUAUGUCUGACUGCACUGAUUAAAAAAGCAGUUGUUUAUUUUCUGUUUUAACACACUUAAACAAAUAAUGAGUGAAAGAAGCAUGUAUGGGUGAUUAAUAGCCAAAAACCCCUCAUUAAAAAAUCAUUAAACAAAAAGAAUUAAAGAAAAGAUGAAAAAAUCAAAUGGUAGAAUUCUGUUGUGUCUUGUAAAACUGAGGUAGAUUGAUGAUCAAUCUACCUUGAUCAAUUGAUGAUCAAUCUACAGUGUAGCUAUGUGGAGGUAGAUUGAUCAUCACAAUAAGUCAACCCUUUCAUUCCCAAGAUCUUGUCAGUAAUUCUCCUUACUGUCUGCCACAAAAUUAUUAUGAUGUUGAUUCUGGUAAUUUGGUUACUGCUUACUUAUAAUCUCCUUUGUGAUAUUUUCCUUUAUUCUCAUCACUAGACUGCUAUUAUAAGGAAAAAUUUUGCCCUGGUCAGUUUUGGGGUAAACAGGUUAAGUUAGGUUUUUUUUUUUUAAGUUUUUGUGAAUUAACCCUUUAACUCCCAGGAGUGAUUAACAUAAAACUUCUCCCUACAAUAUCCAUACAUUCUUCAGCAAACAGGUAAUGAGAAUAUUCAAACUUAUCAGGUAGAAGCUGCUAUCUUGAUCUAGCACCAAGUUCUCAUAACUAAUUUACAAGGUAGAGGGGAGAAUUAACAAUCAGAUCUUGGGAGAUAAAGGGUUAAAAGGAAGUACCAUAAUGAUUUAAUUUAGUGUCCUCAUGCCAAUUCCACUGUUGCAUAGCACUUUCCAAGGGCUUUGGGAGAUAUAUAAAACUGUAUAAAAGUUGUUUGGAAAUAACUCUUUAUAAAAAUAAGUAAUUUAAAAGUUUAUGUUGUUACUAAAUGCUUUUUAAAAAAAUGAAAUUGUAUAUUACAUUUCUCUUUUAUGUCUUUCUUUCAGACAAUGCUACUGUUGGCCACAACUGAGCUGAUGUUUUUCUUCAGCAAACCUUCAGACCUUUACAAAAGGUAAAAAAAAAAAUGGAUAUUGUUAUCAUUGUAAAUAGUGAUCAAAUGUAUUCGUAUGCCUUUGGUCAAAGUAAACACAAACUGCCUGGAUGGCUGGUCAUUUUUUUUUGUACAUGUAAUUCUGGUUGAGAUAUGUCGUAGUUAGUAGUUUUGUAAGGACUGUUCUGUUGCACAGUUUGUUUUUUUCUAUUCUCCAAAGUUGAGUUGUGAAAAUCAAAAUGACACAAUGAAUCUUCAGGAGGCAGCUUAGUUCCAGGAGGAACUAUCUGAAGCUCCUCUCUAAUGAAUCUAUGCUUUGAUCCGUCUUUCAGAUAGUAGAGAACUGGCUCUCCUUCAUUCACAAUUGAUCUAUCUAUGUUGUUGACCUUCGUAGACUUGAAGCUCUUUUCUGUCUGCCUUCCAACUCACCAGUUCAGGGUUUUUGUUAAGAUUUUUAGUAACAGGGACCUUAUCCAAAGUAAGAGGGACCAAAAUGGCGGCUCCGCCGCCAUUUCUUGCCACAUAGUGGCAAGUGGGGGUAGGUGUGGGAGGCCCCCCGGAUUUUAAAAUUUGAAAAUUUUAGGCUCAAAUGGGUGCAUUUGAGGCUACUUUUGCACUCUUUCUGUUCUUAUAUUGGCUGAUAUAAUAUGGCAUUUGUUACUAUGAAACAUGCAACUUGUAGUACGGAUUACAUACCAAAAUGCUUAAGAAAUUGAAAAGGUCACAGACAGGCCAACACAGACUCCCCUGUGUGGUUUUACGCUUAUGACGCAAAAAGCCUUUAAUUAAAGCUUCGCUCUGACGAGUAUGUCUUUGAGCGAUUUACCUCUUUGUAUGAUAUAAUCGAAGGCGUUUUGUAAAUUGUUUUCAGCAGUGGCUGAUUUUGGAUGAGGUUCCAUUCUUGCAUCAGUAUUUGUUUUAAAUUUUUAACCCCUGGGUGGUAUGCUGUCACAAAAGGCAAUAUUUUGCCUUUAGUUUUUUUGUUGUUUUAAGUGUCGACUGCCUUGCGGCAAACGAGACCUCAGAUAACGUUUUUUCAAUUAGGCUUUUUGGGUAACCACGUGCUUCAAGUUGUGUUUUGAAGUUACACAUGGCCUCCUGGAAAUUUCUUUCCGAGGAGUUUGUUCUUAGAAGUCUGAUAGCUUCUCCUUUAAUAAAGCCUUUCUUAACACCUGGCGGGUGGCAAGAUGAAUAGUGUGUAUAUUGAAAGGUCUCGGUCGGUUUGUAGUGAGUUUUGACGUCGAGGAUAGCUUCGUUUUGGAAUCUUUCACCUUUGUAGACAACCGUGUCUAAGAAUGUGAUUUCAGUCUCUUAGAUUUCAGCCGUGAACUUUAUAGUUGGAUGGAACGUGUUAGCUUGUUCUAUGAAUAGAUCAAUGUCUUGUUUAUGAACUGUGCAAGGCCGCCAAAGUAGAUAUGUCACGUAACGUUGUCACAAAGAUGAGAAUUGCUGUUUGACUGUUUUCUCUCGAGAGCAAAUGCUAGACUGAACUGUAGCGAUGGAACAAGCUGAAUUUAUUGCCGUUGUCUGUCGCAACACCAUGAGAAACUGUGACGGAAAUACGCAUUUUUUUUUUCAUGAGGCUUCCAGGUUUUGUAACACUAUUUAUUUUUGACACAUUUACUCACGAAUGGAGGUUAUUCGAUACCCCGAUGACUAACUUUGGGAGUGCCGAUAAAUGCGUUUGUUUUGUUUCAUAACGUCUCAAGUCACGAACUCCAAAUUAGCUGCACGUGCACAAAAUUUAUCACAAGGAAACAUACCCAAAAGCAGAGAAAUAAUACAAAAUUUUAUUUAUUUUACCGUAAUUUACGUUCAAAUUUAAAAUUGUCGGCUGACCAUAGUCUCCACAGGAGUUUUAGUUCAAACUGAGCGUGAAAAUAGCCGGGACAAAAAUUAAAAUAGCCGAGUAAAGGUCCCGGUGUCCCGGCCCUAACAAAAACCCUGCAGUUGCAUACAAGUACCUCACAUUCUUUGAGGAGUUGAAUGUCCUCUCCUUCAAGCCAACAUGUCUUGAAUAAGGGGUUGAACUCUUUGCAUCAAUCACCUUUAGUUAUCAUUGAUCGCCUCAACAGGACUCUUUCCCAUUAAUUGAGUCACUUCAUGAUUCAAAGCUGAGAGAACUUUUAGAAGUCUUUUCAACUGUUCAGUAAAUCUCUUUCGGGAUGGGAAAUUCAUCUACUGACCUGAUACUGAAAACUGAACAAACCUUCACCCAAAGUUUGAUGGAUUUGCUCAAUGAUUCCUUGAUCUCUGUGAUGGUCCACAUUCCCUCUCCUUAUCCUCACAUCAUGCUUUUCCAUUUCUUUUGUGACAUCACCUAUGAAUUCAUGUCCAGGAUCGACCUUAAGAACUUUUGGCCAUUUUAGUGAUCCUCUCUAAUAAAUUCUCUAAAGAAUCCCUUGAAGUUAGUGGUUCAGCAUCUUUGUCAUCAUUUGCACUCAGAAAUUUUCUUCUAUAUAAGAAGGGGAUGGCUUGUUUUCCUUCUUCCUUUCUGAUAACUAGUUUUCCUUCUUGAUGGAAUACCUUGGAUUCUUCUCACUGCUAUUGUUCUUGGCAAUGGAACUGUUUGAGAACUUUUUGGUCUUGGCAAAGGGAUUGUAUUUUCAACCUUUUUUGUUCUUGACAAAGGGAUUGGUUUCUGUCUGUUCACUACUAAUUAACAUGUAUGGUGUUGAUCUUAGUUUUUCAUCCACAUUCUUAAUGCCAAGUGUCUUUUGUAGCUCUGGCUCUGUGAGGUACAAGGUGUUUUUCAUGUUUUUUCAUUUCAAAAAUAUCUCUCCUUUUUAUUUAAGAUGAAAAAAAUACUUGUAUUUAUCAUCUUCAAUAAAAAUGAAGAAAAACCCUUUUUCGUCAGAGGAGAAAAGUUCAGAAGAAUAUUCAUGAUUCUUAAUGAUAAAUUUUUGGAAGGCAAGACUGUUACAGUUAAAGAAUUGUGAUACUGGUUACUCACUUGAACUCGACACAUUGCAGAAGUUUGAUAUUUGCAUUUGAAAAUGCAUUCAACUCUUUGUCUGAAUACCUGAAUUCAGUUCACAAAUCUUGACAAGAAUUUGAUUACCAGAAGAACAGAGUAAAAAUAUGGAAUGACUGAUAAGAUUUGAAUAUGAUGUUGAAAAUCCUAUCAAAUCUUAUCAGUCAUUCCAUAUUUUUACUCUGUUCUUCUGGUAAUCAAAUUCUUGUUAUUAUUUCAUCAUGGAAAGCUUUUUUUGAUGACCAAAGGAGAUAAAGGUUUCACUAUUGAUAUCUUGAAUAUUCAUCAUAGCAAGUAGCAUGUUCUGUGGUUCAGCAUACUACGUGAAAGACAAUAACUAGCAUUCCAGAUCUCUUUAGCUACUGGUAAAGUUGAGAAAAGAUUUUUCAUUUAGUUCAAGAGUUACAAAUUGUUAGGGAGAUCUGAAACGUGUCAAUUACAUACCUUUGGAAUAAUGUGUCUUUACAAUGUACACACUUAUGUCUUGAGAUGACCAAAGAAAAGCCGUGAUUCAGUUGCUUGUCAAAUGUGACUCUUAACUCUUUCUGCUGAAUGUUCACAGAAAACCAAGUUUUUUUCUGAUAGUCUUUCUUGAUCUGUUCCUUCAGAGUUUUGAGAUCAACUUUCUCACUGUUUUUAGGAGAGUGUUGUCUGAGCUUCUCUUUCAAAACAUGAUAUUGCUCAAACUCAGGCAAUAUCGAGUUGAAAUUCAAUAUCUAAGAUCAUGGUGGAUUGUUAUCAUGAAGAAUAAUUUACUGCUUCAAAAGGUUUUUCUCUGACAUCAAACAUCCCAAAACGAUUGAAAUAUCUCCAUGAAAGUGACUGUUGUCUUUGUCUAAGAGAUCAGUUUAUUAUGUAGCUGUUCAGUGAAGCCAAUUGACAGAUCAUAUUGUCUCCUUGUUGCUAAUGACAACCAAUCCCCAGUUGUGAAAAAAGAUCUGUAUCUAAGGAGUUUAAAAUUCUGAGAGCAUUUUUCAAUGAAUUCAUCAAAAUUUUUAGUCCCUCUUUAUCCAAUGUAUUUCCGCGGGCUUUUUGCAAGACUUUCAAUAUUUUAGUUUCCAGCAGGAAUUGUUUCAGCAGAGAAUUGUCUUGUACAUCAUCAAAGCUUGGAAAAAUUCAGGCUUUUUGUUGGGAUUCUAACCUGCGAUAUGUCUUGAAUGUAAGGCAGAUGCCAUACUGUCAUGUGAACUUUUUUGCAGGGACUACAUAUUUCAUUUCUGUUGCAAUGACUUUGAAGACAGUACUUCCUAAUUUUUUUUUCCUUAAGAUGUGAAUUGAACUUGUCUGUACUUAAUUUCAGAAGGAUAGAUGGUAAAUGUAACUUCUUUUUCUUGUUUUCUUGUUUCAGUGAGGACUUUGGAAAAACUUUCAAACAUGUGAAUGCUGAAGUUUUUAAUAUGCAUAUCAGAAAAGACAGUGGAAUCUUAAAAAGCUCAGUUAACCCUAAUAAGGUUAGUAACUCUCCCAUCUUGUGUCUCUACAUUUCCUUGUUAAUUAUGGCCAAGUUGAAAUAAUAGGGUAAUUUAGCAUUCUCAACUGAGUUGAUGAUGUAAAUUUGGCCACCAUUAAGAGUUUUAAAGCUGACGGUUUGAGCAUUAGCCCUUUGUUAUUUGCUUUGAUGAAAAUGUCAGCUUUUAAACUCUUUAUGGUGGCCAAUUUAUGUUAUCAUCUCAGUUGAUUAUGCUAAAUUACCCUGUUGUACACAGCACCUCAGUUUCUCUAGAAACUUACCACUUUCAUUAAGUUGAGAGAAUGUUGUAUUUUAUCAAGAAAACCCUUAAAUGACUAGUUUGUCUAUUCUUAUGACCUGUUUCUAUAUUAAGUAUUGAUCUUGCAAGGAGAAGCUGCACAUUGAUCAUGAAGUGGGUUUGAUUUCUUGGGGAGACUGAACAAUUUUGUUUGUUCCACACUUUUGACAAGACAAAUAACAGCUUCCUUUACUGAGCUAUUGUCAUUUCCACUGUCACCUCAGUCUGAAUACUAACUGGGACUUAAACCCUUCAACACCCAAGAUUUGAUUAUUAAUUCUCCCCUCUAGCUGCUCACAUUUCCUUGUAAAUUAGUUAGGAGAAUUUGGUUUAGAUCAAGACAAAAAUUUCUACCUGAUAAUUGUUUAGUAUUCUAUUCCUUUCCUGCUAAUUAAUGUAUGGAUAUCAUGUAUUAGGGAGAAGUGGCAUGUUUUAAAAUCACAUCUGGGAGUUUACAGUUGAAUGUGCUAUUUACCAUUAUACCACAUUAUCAUCAACUUAUUUAGCUGUUCUCUUGACUGAUGCUUUGAUUCUGUUUAUUUUUAUUUGUAGGUUAUUCUAGUUUCCCAUAGCAUUCCAUUUUUCCCAACACAAUCUGGCCUGGUUAUCACCAAAAAUGGGGGAAAAAGUUGGGAGAAGAUGAAAGUUCCAUUUCAGAUCAGUGGACCACUUCUGUUUCAUCCAUGGAAGGAAGAUUGGAUCUUGGCAAGGGCUGUUGUUAAUGGGAUGGUAAGAAGGUUUGACUGUCAGAUUGUCAUUAAUGAGUUACUGAUGGCUUUUCAAGAACUUUCUAAUUAACUGACUCAGACCAACUUUGUAAGUGACUUGCUCAAUAACUGAUGGCAUGAGUGAAUGACUCACUGACUGAUUCUUUUGGCUGACUAACUUACUGACUGACUUAUAGACUGACUGACUUACAUACAUACUGAUUGACCGACAGACUUACAUAUUGACUGACUGACUUACAGAUUGACUGACUGACUGAUUGACCUGUAGAUUGACCGACUGACUUACAAAUUGACUGACUGACUGAUUGACCUGCAGAUUGACCGACUGACUUACAAAUUGAUUGACUGACUGACUUACAAAUUGAUUGACUGACUUACUUACUGAAUGACUUGCAAAUUGACUAACUGACUAACAGAUUGACUGAUUGACUGACUUACUGAAUGAGCAGCAGAUUGACUUGCUGACUUACAGGCUGAUUGACUGAUUUAAAGAGUGAUCAAUUGUGUGACUCACUGAAUGACUGACUGACUUCCCAACUUGCAGAUUGACUAACUGACCUAUAGAUUGACUGACUGACUGAUUUAUUGAAUGACCUGCAGAUUGUCUAACUGACUUACUGAUUGACUGACUGACUUACAGAUUGACUGACUGACUUACAGAUUGACUGACUGACUUACAGACAGACAUACUGAUUAAGAGAGUGAUCCAUUGUGUGACUCACUGAAUGACUGAUUUAUUAAGAUCACUUCCUUGAAUUUUGUUGCUGUCAAACAGGCCAACUUAAAUGCAAAAUUUGCAUCAACAAACCAUCUUGUCUCCUUUAUAUUUUAUAGGCAUAUUUAUCAACAGACUUUGGACAGAACUGGAAAUUUUUACAGAGUUAUGUUAGGAGCUUAAAAUGGUAAGAGAAAAGGCGAGAUGUUAGUUCAAAAAUUUCCAAGCAAGUUCAAGUUUUAGGUUUCUUUGUUUUAUUGAAGUUGUUUGAAACAAAUGAAAAUGAAAAUCAAACUGGGGUGAACAUGUUUAUUAAAAGAGGCAGGGAGAAAUUUGAACUGGAACAUACACUGUUUGUGUAUACCCAACUAGAUGUCAUCUUUAUGUCAGAGGAACUUUUAAAUGUUGUUGUUUUGAUUUGGUCUUAGGGGUGCCAUCACAGAUAUGAAAAAGGAAGAAAACACAAUUUUAAUGACAGUCUCAUCCAGUGAGUAACCUUUUGGUGACUGUGCAUUAAUCAGCUUGUAAACAUGUAGCUACUUUGAAUUGUUUGAUCUAUUGUGUUUGUUGUCUUGCAGUUCUGGAAAUAGCUUGUUAUUUUAAAGGGGUGAUAAUGAUAUUUUGAAAUGUCAUAGCUUUUGGAAAAGGUUCAAAACAUUUUUUUAAAUUCUCGUCAACCUCUUAUGAGUCCCAAAGUUUUGUGCACAGAGGGUUGUAUCUUGGUCUUGAAGUCUUGCACUUGUUUUAUACAGUGAACAGAAAGCUCCAUUAGUUAAUCACAAAUCUGGAAAAAAUUCACAUAAUUUCAAAACUCCUAUCCAUGUUGAGCAGAGAACAGAAAAUUAUUUUCUUAAGUUGCCAUGCAUGUAUCUGCCUUGAUAAUAUUAUGGGCAAUGACCAAUCAAAGUGCAUGCAGUAUUCCAUUUUAUGUUUUGUGUAAAUGUAAUGUUGCCAAUAGAUCAGUUUUAAUCGAAGAAAGUGUUUAAUUUUAUUGAUACUGUAAUCAUAUGUGUCUUUAAAAUAAACAGAUGCUAAUAGCUUCCUAAAAGGAGAAGCCAAGUUGCUUAGAUCAAGGGACCUUGGAGAAAAGUUUGAAUGUAAGUUUUAAAAAAUAGCUUUAAAUGAUAAGAUAUUUUUGAUGACCCAGACAUUACCUACAGAACAAGUUAGAAGAAUAAUUUCUGCUCUCUUUCAACCUAGUCCAUACACUUUGAAAAAAUUCUUCCUUUUUGUGAUAUGAUGUAGUCAGUUCUGUUGAAGAUCACAAGGCUUUGACUGCAUAGGCCUCGUGUCUCUUCGUCAAUUGAUUCAGUUGGUAAGAUUGAUAGAUCAGACAUUAUACGUUAUACAGUAUGCUUUGCUCAUAGUGGAGCUAUUAUUGAUAGCUGAAAUGUAGAUUAACCAUUUUAUCUAGAAGUGAUCAACAUGCAACUUCUCCCUGUAACAUCCAUAUUUAAUCCAGUUGACAGGUAAUGAGAAUAUUCAAACUUAUCAGGUAGAAGUUGAUGUCUUGAUCUACCUUAGCACCAAAUUCUCGUAUCUAAUUUACAAGGAAAUGUUUAGAGGCUAGAGGAGAGAAUUAACAAUCAGAUAUUGAGAGUUGAAGGGUUAAGACUUUACAUUUGGACGAUUUUCACUUCACUUUUUUUGUGAUUUGCUUGCUUCUCUUAGCUAUCCACGUUCAGCAUGUUUACUCCUUUGGACUUCAGGGCCACUUCCUCUUUGUCUCUGUGCGCCACAAUAUGGUAUGUUAAUCCUAUUCUUUACAUGAUGUAUUACAUCCAUUUUGAAAUCACUGUGAUCUUUGCAAUCUGAUUGGCUCUCAUUGCUGCAAUUUAUUCUCGAAUUGCACCAAGUUCGAGACUUUUCAAAGGCGCAAUGUGGUGACGGGGAAUCAAGAAAUGAUUGCCAGUAGAAAAAUUUUAAUCAUUGGUCGCUGGCAAUCUACUUUGUUUGUCAGCGUCGUUGGAAAAAUAUAACAGGAUAAUUUAGUAUUAUCAACUGAGUUGAUAACGUAAAUUGGCCACCUUAAAGAAUUUCAAAGGUGGCAUUUCGAGCGUUAGCCCUUCGUCAUAGCGAAAUAUAUUUUGAAGGCUCACGUGACUUCUUACGACUUUUAAAACCCUUAAGCUUCACAGAAAACUGAUGAAACAUGAGCCCCUAUUCCCGGAACCCAACCGGGACUGAAGGACUUAAAUGUCUAGCUUUUACCAUGUCUUGAUUAAUGUCUUUUAUCUCAAAAAAUAUGGAGCGUGAGACAAAACAUUUCAAUAAAAAGUGUUCAGCAAGAAAUAAUCUUCAAUUAUAGAACUUAAUUUGAAACAGCGAACAAUUAAUCGCGGAUUGAAUAUAGAACAACUGGGAAAACUUCCAUUAUUUACACUAUACUUGGCAAUUGCUUGGGACAUCUGAAGAGAAGGAGGUGCCGACAACGCGUUGGUGAUAAUUAUACGUAUAGUUUUUUCUUUAACUAAUUCUUGAAAAUUAUCAAAAAAUUGUCUUGAUCGCCAAACACCGGCCACCAAUUUGCCAACUUUCACUGCAAAUUUAGUGAUCAAUACUACGUACUUUGUUUACCAAAAUGGUGUUAGUUUGGAGUGUUAUAGACCCAUUUAUUAUUUAUUCAUAAAUUUUUAAUUUACUGUCCUUCUUUUCAGAAUAACAAUUCCCGCACCAUGCAUGUGUCUAAGAAUGGAGGAGAUUCAUGGGACCCUGUACAAGUGCCAACUGUAACGCCAGAAAGGGUAUUGUCGCUUAUCAUUGAAACAUGCGUGUUAUUUAUAGAGCAAUAGCCUGCAGAGCAGGCGUAAUUUUGAUGAGGGAGUGCUUAGUAUUUUCUCAGCGAAAAUUAUGGCCGCCAUCUUUGAUUUUAAUGGCAACGGAAGGUUGGGGAGAGAAAGAAAUUUGUACUAAGUGGGCGGUUGACGGUCAAAAAUAAGGAGAGGGGUGGGGGUGGGGGUGGGGGAGUGAAGAUUACGGCGUCUUUUCGCCCAUCCCCUGCCUAUCCCCCCACUGUCCACUCUAGCUCCAAAUCAAAUAUGGCCGGUUGGAUAAACGAUCGCGAUAAGGUUAGCUCGCCAAAUAAGACGCCUGCACUGCAGGCUCAUCAAGUUAGAGCUAGGCUGUCCAUGAGUUUGAAACUGGAAGGCAAAGACGACAAAGAAAUUUGCCUUCAAGUUAUUGUGGACGUUACUUAUCAAAUCACACUUACAUGUCUCAUGUAAGACGGCAAACUGUUAAGUUAAAAUGUGUCAGGCAUUCCACUGAGUUUGCAGGAGCUUAGAGAAAAUUCUGAGCGAGGAACUAUGCUCUCAAAACUGAAAAAUAACCGCAUUGUGAAUUUCUUUGAUGUUAUUUUAAUUAUUGUAAGAUUUUAUCAGUAAUUAGGGUGAAAUAAGAUGAACAUAGCUGGCUUAAGACGCCAGACAAGCCUGCAGUUUUGGCUAGCUAUCAGUUCUUAUUUUGACCGUUGUGAGACUUUAACCAAGUUAUCUUUAUCUUUUUAACCUUUUAACCCCUAAGAGUGACGGACAUCUAAUUUCUCCUUACAAUAUCACCCAUAAAUCAAACAUAAAGGUCAUGAGAAUAAAGGAAAGGAUCACCACCUAAAGAAUCUCUUGAUUGUUGAACAAAUUCUCCUUGUCAGAACCCUAGGAAAUGUCCAGAGAGUAGUGUGGAGAAUAUGCAUACUGAUGUUAGGGAGUGACAUGGCCUUGGUUGGCCAAUUAUCUUGUCUGCUGACAACCAGUUGUCUAUACAAGUUCUAUUUAUGCCACAUUCAAAUCCUUUAUCAGAGAAAAUCUUGAAUAUCAAAUUAAGUGUCCUGUCAUUAUCUACAGGAAAAACUAUUUUCAUGUUAAGGACACGGUAGACCUUUGCGGGUGUCCUUCGCCAAAAAAAGUAUUGUCAACUCGCUAUUUAAAGUGUAACCGCCAUAAACUAUAAAUCAAUGGAAAGGUUAUGAAAUGUGCCAUCCGGCAAAAUUGUUCGGUUUUAGCUUUUGAUCGAAUCGCAAAACGACUGUAGCCCGUAGCCACUCAAGUUGAUCAUUCCUUUUUUCUUGCACAGUUUUAUUCCAUCAUGGACAUGUCGGAAGGAAUGAUUUUUCUUCAUGUUGAUGAUCCUGGAGGUUUGUUACGUUCAUUCAUCUUAAAUUCUACUUUAUUUUUAUUUGCCAGUGUAUCUUUUGUUUUGUUGUAUAAAUAAUCUUGCAAUUAUGUGAAGGAACAGGAAUGGCACAGUGGUGAGAGCGCUCGUCUCCCACCGCGGGGCUUGGGUUCCAUUCCCUGGACCUGGUGUCACAUGUGGUUUGAAUUUGUUGUUGGUUCUCUCCCUUGCUUCAAUAGCCUGCAGAGCAGGCGUCAUUUCGGAGAGCGAGUGCUCAGUAUUUUCUCAGCGAAAAUUAUGGCUGCCAUCUUUGAUUUAAAUGGCAGAGGAAGGCUGGGAAGAGAAAAAAAGUUGUACCAAGGGGUGAGUGACAGUCAAAAAUAAGAAGAGGAGUGGGGGUGGGGGAGUGAAUAUUUUUCGCCCUUCCCUGCUCCUUCCCCCCACGGCCGUCUGUAUCUCCAAAUCGGACAUGGUUGAAUAGACGAUCGCAAGAUUCGUAACGUUAACUCGCCCUAAUAAGACACCUGCACUACAGGUUAUUGCUUGAAGAGUUUUUCUCCGCGUCUUUCAGUUUUCCUCCCUCCCAACCAACAAUCUAAUUCCAAUUCAACCUGGAAAGGGUGGACAAGAAGAGCAACCCUGCUAAAUUCCAAUUAUAAUAAUUCCAGUCAUUUUUAUUAUAAUUAUUAUUACUAUUAUUAUUGUAAUUCUUAUUAUUUCUAAUGUAAUAACGGUAUUUCAAUUUUAGAUACUGGUAGAGGAGUGUUGUACACCUCAGAUGCUGAUGGAAUUGUGUUCGGUGAAUCGCUCCGAGACCAUGUGGUACGUUAAGCAGGUGUCUCUUUUAUAGCGGAGCUCGCAGAGCGUAGCGCCAUAAUUAUACAAAAUAGUAGUAACCCAUCAAGCCGAAAAAAAUUUGGAUGUAUGACUGUACGACCGUACAAGGUACUACUUUUAACAUGCAUGGUCAACUGUACCGCAGGCACGCCAACGCCACGGCUUUGUCCAGUAGUCCAGUGGUCAGUGCACUGGGCUCCGAGUCGGACGACCUGGGUUGUAGUCCUGGCCGGGGCAAGGCGUUGUGCCCUUGAGACGUGUGGGUAAAAAAAAAUGCGAGCUCCGCUUUUAGGCUUGGCUAAAUCUAUAUAUUAAUCUAAAUGUACUAGAUUGAAAAGAAAAUCAUUUAUGGCCCAUAGUAGCUUUCCUCCAUUGAACCAUUUGACCCCAACGAGUGACUAGCAUCUAAUUUCUCCUUACAAUAUCACCACUGAAUUAAACAUUAAGGUCAUGAGAAUAAAGGAAAUGAUCACCAAGUAAAGAAGCUCUUGAUUGUUAAGCAGAUUCUCCUUGUAAGCAGCUUAGAAAAUGUAAAGAGAACAGUAUGGAGAAUGUGCAUCUUGAUAUUAGGCUGUAAAGGGUUAACCCUUUCGCUCCCAGGAGUGGCUAAAAAUGAAAUUUCUCCUUGAAAUGCCAAUAGGUUUUUAAGCAGAAAGUUAUUGAGGAGAAACUAGGAGACAUGUUUGAUUAAACGCCAAAUUCUUCGCACUCAAAUGGUGAGAAAUUUUUGGAAGAUAGUGCAGAGACUUGAUGGUUAGAUCUUGGGAGUGUAAAAAUCAACCCACUUGUAGCCAAAUUGUUAAAGAAGGUUUUUUUGUUUGUUUGUUUGUUAGUACACAAACUAUGGGGAGGUAACCGAUUUCUACAAAGUGGAAUCAAUGAGAGGCACUUACUUAACAGGCCGCAUGAACCAAGGUAAGCAUCGUAAUAUUUAAUAAACCCUGAAGCUAAAGUCUUGCAAUAGAAUUUUCUAAACGCUUGAUUUAUAGACAGUACUUGGAUCUACACUAUGAUGUACAAACUCGCGCGUUGGUAUGUACUAGAAAAAUUGUCAGGGCAAAUUUGUUGAAUUUUCUUUGGGGUAGUUGAUCCGCUAUUGGCAAAGCUUCAACUUCUUACACAAACGUUGAGACACCCCGAAAAAUAACAGUGUUGUUCAUCAAAAUUGAUUAUCAAUGAAACAGUGGCAACAAAUGAGGACAUUUUAAAAGUGACCCUGAUAACAGAAUCGGCUCUGUAAGCUUAUGUUUUUACAUCGUUAUUUAGUCAUGACAUUUACAGUGUAUAAAGAUAUUGUGAUACCAGGAAAUAUGCAUACCUGGUGAUGGAAGUAGUUUUUUUUCUCGAAGUGAUGAGGAACAGCUACUCAGAUAGAAGAAUUCCGUUCGAAAAUGAUGACCCGUUUAUAUUUUCCGAGUACGAACACGUAUACACAUGUAACAGUACCUUGAUAAGGUCGGCUUGCAACGAACAAGUCUUCAUGUAGUUCAUGGAGUUGUAGUAUUUUAGUGCGGUCAGUCUCUUCUUUAAAACAACUACGUGUCAAUAAUGGAAAAGCAAUAAGCUAGCUCACACGUACUAAUGAGACAGACGCGUAUGUCCUUAGGUGCGUAUAUGAGCAGUUUAUACGCGAAUACGCUGAUAUUUAUACGCACAUACACUUGCAUUUAUAAGCAUAUUAUGUCGGUUGACGUAAUUCUAAGCGGUAUUGAGUUUUGACAAAGUAUGAAAUCCUUGAAGAAAUUGUAAGUGGGAAAUGAACAACCCAGUAGGUUAUUUCCUAGUUUUAAAAACGCCAACUUUCGGAAAAAGGAGGAAGAAAAAGCUUUUUUUUUCCUUCUUUUGAAAGUGAGUUUUUUAUGCAUGAAAACGAAAUAUCAUUACAAUUACCUUCGUUUUAAAGCACAGGCUUUGAGCAUCACGGAAAUGGCUUAGAUACCGUUAGCAGUAAAUUUUUGAUGAACUUUCACAUAUCAGGGGAGUAGGGGUGGCGCAGUGGUGAGAGCGCUCGUCUUCCCCUACCGUGGCCCGGGUUCGAUUCCGGGCCCUGGCGUCCCAUGUAGGUUGAGUUUGUCGUUGGUACUUGUCCUUGCUCUGAGGGUUUUUCUCCGCGUCCUCCGGUUUUCCUCCUUCCACAGACACUAAUAUUCCAAUUUCAGUUUCGACUUGGAAACAGUGGAUAAGCAGCGCCAUCUCGUGCAAUGUCCAUUACUAAAUUCUAAUUUAUUUCCACGAACUGUUUAUUUUACACGUAUAUUUAUUUGUUCUCCAUUUCUUUGUAACUCCUCAGACAAGAGUAUAACGUCAAUGAUUAGUUUUAACCGUGGUGGUGAGUGGAGCACUAUUCCCUUGGCGGAUGAACAAUGCAAGAACGUCAAGCGAGAGGUAUUUCAUGAGCACCUCGUGUACAAUAACGCCAUAGGCUGAUACGGUUCUCUGUUCAGUUACGUUCUGGUCAACAACUAGAUUAGAGCAGUUUUCGAAAUUGAGUGUCGUAAAACCAAAAGCAAAGUAAUCCCAGUGACUCAGAGUAAUCCUAGUGAAAGCAAGCAAAUUGGUCAAGCGCGGGAAAACGCGGACGACCAAGCCCCGAUUAUUUUUAGUUUGGCUUUUGAUUGGUUGAAAGGAUGGCGCGAGUUUUCUGGACCAAUCGCAAGGCAAAGUUAAGUAAAACCUUUGCAAUCCCAGAAUACUUUCGACACUCCAUUGAAAAUUGCUCUAUCAGCGUAAGAUAACUGUUGCUCAGUUUUUUUCAGUUAUGAGGAUUGAAUUCAUAAGGGCGACAGGAACGUAGUGAUUUUCACGCUUUGUAGUUCAACCCACGUGGGUCUUUGUGAAUGCUUUUUUGCCCGGGGCACAAAAUGGAAGAUUCAGUCAAAUUUCUGGCAAAUGUGUGAUCGAGAACGCUUGACAAAUUUGAGAACUGGCUGCCUCCGAGAAAGCUUUUAAACGACAUUCGACUUAGAGGAAAAACUGUUGUUAGCAAAAUGUUCGUUCGAUCAUAGAAGUGGUUACUUAAUAGGAUAGCCGUUAACCCUUUAACCCCAAAGAGUGACUGGCUUCUAAAUUCUCCUUACUAUAUCAGGCCUGAAUCAAACAGUAAGGUCAUGAGAAUUAAAGAAACGAUCACCCAUUCAAGAUGCUCUUGAUUGGUCAACAAAUUCUCCUUAAAGUACCAUAGGAAAUGUUUAGAGAACAGUGUGGAGAGUGUGCAUGCUGAUGUUAGGGUGAAAAGGUUUAGGAGAAAGUAUACUGUAUAUGCACAGUAGCGCAGAAAAAAACUAUUUUGUUUUAUUGUAUUCAGAAUGAAAACUUUUGAUUGUGAAUCUAUCAGCCAGGUGAGAAGUGCUCUCUUCAAAUCCAUGGCCGUUUCAGUCGAAGCAGAGGUGUAGAGUUUGCCAUGGGUCCCUUGAGCAUUCCUAACGCGGUUGGUAUCAUACUUGCUCAUGGUAAUGCGGGUAGUGCCUUGAACAGAAACGUGGACGUGUGGAUGACACGUGACGGAGGGUACACGUGGAAUAAGGUAGGUUCAAGUGAAGACCAGGUCUCCUUUGCGGCCUUUGAUUGGUCACGUCACGCAGCGCUUUAUUGCGAGAGUGAGUUGCGUGACGGAACUAAAUGAUGGCUGCAAAGGAUGCUAAUAUUGUUCAGAAGUUUGUUUUUCUCUCUGGAUCGAAUGAAAGCUACAGACGGGAAAAGAUUGGGAAGAGAUUGAUAUCUCCCCAGCCCUUUCUGUAAACAGGUUAUAAACAGUACAAACAGUGCACAAAUAGUGGUCUUUCGCAACAUGGGUCCCUUGGGUCUUCCCGCGCUUCAGGGGGUUGGUUUCUUUUUACUUUGAGUACAGUGUGGCUCCUGGAAAAGUUUUUCGCUUUUUUCUGAUUCGUCGUUGUGAUUGCGUGGGUAUAGGUUUUCCUUUUCUUAGCUCUUUGAUUGGUUCAGAAAAAUCGCGCCACUCUCUCAACCAAUCAGAUGCGAAACUAAAAAAAAUCCCAAUUUGGUCGUCCGCGUUUUUCCCGCGCUUCAGGCAGUUUGCUUGUUUUCAAUUUGAGUUCUCGUUGGCUCUUAAAGGUAUUUUCUUUUCUUCUGUUUGACGACAUCUAAUCGAAAAGUGCUCUAAAACACUCAAUCGCAAAGCGUUGCAUUAGUGAUAUUUGUUGUUUGUAGGUUCUGGAUGGCUCGCACCAUUACUCCAUUGGAGAUCAUGGAAACUUGAUCGUGGCUGUACCAGCUUUCAACUCUGCCACAAAAUAUCUCAUGUGAGUAAUGUUAGUAGUAAGGUUAACAAGUGAUGAAUAACAUCAUCGCUUUAUCCACUUCAAGGGUUUUUGUAAAGAUUUACAACAAAGCACCAAUUUAAAAGUAGGAAGGAUCAAACUUGUGGCCUGUUCUUGUCACAGUGCAAGAGCGAGGGAUGGGGUGGGAGGGCAGGGGGGACUUUAGCUAAGGCUUUCGAAACCGUCUUCUCCAGGACUCUUCUCACCCAGACGAUCAGACUUCACGAUCAGCUAUUAUCCCAUUUACUGAAGGAGACUCGUUGAGGGAAAAACUGCUGGGACAAAAUUUUGCGGAGUAGCGUGUUCCAGACGUUCGGUUGGUGAACGGAGCGAAUAAUAAACGGCGUGAUAAUAGCGGCAGAGCGAAAACGAGGGAAGUUCCGAUCGGUUCGCGUAGAGAAUGUAGUUCAUUACGAGACCCGACCCAACCUCCCUCGUUUUUAACUCAAGCCAGGGCUCGAAAUUAGCACUCGCAAACUCGCGAAAUGCGAGUGGUUUUUCGAAGUUGCGAGUCUAAAAAAUAUCCUCUAGCAAACAUUUGCUAGUUAGGUUCCUUCUUUUGCUAGUAAAAAAAAUCUUACUAGCAAAACUUUGCUAGUAGACAAAAAAGUUAAGUUCGAGCCCUGCAAGCCAGUUUUUAUUUUACUCCUCCGCUACAUUCGCGCUGUUAACAAUCGCGCUUCGUUUUCUUAACCCUUUACACCCUAACAUCAGCAUGCAUAUUCUCCAUACUUUUCUUAUACAUUUCUAAGGGUUCUGAAAAGAAGAAUUUGUUUAAGAAUCAAGAGUUUCCUGCGUUGUUGAUCAUUUCCAUAAUUCUCAUGACCUUAAUGUUUUAUUCAGGGAUGAUAUUGUAAGAAGAAAUUAGAUGCCAGUCACUCUUAGGGGUUAAAGGGUUAACUGACUGCUUGUUGUUAGAGUGCAAUUGCUGACUGAAAAUGUUUGUUAUAAAUAUUCCUUCACGGAGGAAAUUAUUGACAGAUUCAUGUUUGGAAUUUUUUUCAGGUAUUCAGUGAACGAGGGCCGCUGUUGGUUCAAGCAUCCUUUUACAAACCGCGACUUCACUGUCACCGGGUUGGUCACAGAGCCGGGUGGAAAAACAAUGAGGUUCAGUUUGUGGGGAUUUACUUUACCUUCAAGAGAGUGGCAGGUUAUCACUGUGGACUUUGAGAACGUACUCAAAAGAGCUUGUAAGUUGCCAAAGUUUGCUGGUUUUCGGUGAGACUCCGCGCGCCUUGCCUAAGAACAGAAGGUGAUAAAUACCAUUGAGAUUUCAGGAAGGGGUACGUUUUGUGGUUGGUCCAGAAAACACGCGCCUCUUUCUCAACUAAUGGCGUUAUGGCCACUCGCGUUUUCCCUUGCGUUACUUCGCCCGCCGAUUGGUCCAGAAAUCACGCACCACCAUCUCGACCAAUCAGAUACAAAGCUAAAACCAAUCGCGUCCUGGCCACCCGUGUUUUCCCGCGGUUUAAUUCGGUCGGUGAUUGGACAAGAAAUUUCCUGCCCAAUUUCGAACAAAAUGUAGAAAACAUUUAAAAAGGCUUAACUUUUCUUAAAAAGUUAAAAAUUUUUAUUGAUGGUGAAUGUUUUUAAGCAGGGUUGCCCUUUUUUUGUUUUGGCGUUGCUGCACAAACAAAGAAUUUAAUUUGGCCGAUUCGUGCGUUUUACAGGUUAUAUUAAUGAUAACUGAACACUAAAAUGGCUUCCUAAGAAGUUGCGCAACUGUGUUCGUUGUCAAUCUUUCUUAUAAAAGAAAAUUUUGGCUGUUUUAUUGUAAACAAGUAAGCGCUUGUUUCCUCUUAAAGUUAGGGAUUAAUUGUGUUUUCAGAAGUUGCAGAAAUCAAUCCUUAAUUUUACUCGGCCUCAUGCGAUUACAUACUCCAAUCAAUUGCAACUUCGUAUUCUCUCGUGUUUCCCGCGCUCGGAGCCGGUCACAUGUAUUUACCCUGAAUCCUUAUUGGCUUUCUUUUCCAUUUCCCUUUGCUUUGAUUGGCCGUUGAAAUCAUUUGAAAUGGCUCCUGAUGGAUGUUGUUGUUCUCUAGGUAAAGACGACGAUUACGAAAAGUGGAUACCUCACGGUAAAGGGGCGAAAAACGGAUGCUUGCUGGGUAGAAAAGUUUACAUUCUAAGACCAAAGAAAGAGAGUCUGUAAGGAAAUAAUUUUGACUUUUAUCUACAUACAUGACCGUACGGUCUCCUCUCUGAUGCCUAAAGAUAUAAAACUCCAGCGUUAAAACGCAUUUUCAAAGGUAAAGCAACAGAGCGGUCAAACAUUGGGCAUGCGCAAGGGGAUCAAUUUUGACCGGACGCGCGUUAAUUUCCCGCGUAAAAUUUCAAAUAGAAAUGUUUAAGAAAGAAGCGUUGACACGCCAGAUACGCGAAACUUAGUACUAGAGGAAAGGUAUAGACAGCAGAUCUCGUUAGUUAUUCUCCUUACUGUUAGCCAUACAAUUCUGAUGAUGUUAGUUCGGAGAAAUUGGUAUUGGAUCAAAUAAUAAUCCCCUAAUUGAUAUUUUUCUCCUUUCUCAUCACUUGUCGUCUUAAUGUUGUAUUGAUGUUCUAAGGAGAAAUUCUGUCUUGGUCACUCAUGAGAUUUAGAGGGUUUAAGGUUGUUCACGAGGGGUAGUUAGCUAAAGUAUUUUAACUGUUGUUUGUUGCAGUUGUUUUAAUGGAGUGGAUUAUAUCCAUCAUGAAAAAAGUGAAUGCUGUGAGUGUACACACGAUGAUAUUGAAUGGUAAGGCAGCAAAGAGUGCAAGGGAACAUAUCAUAGUUUGUUCCAGGCGUUCAGUUUGUGAAACGGAGCGAAAUAAUGAACGCCGCGAUAGUCACGGGGGAGUUAAAAAAACGGGGGAGGUUUGGGUCGAGUGGCAUUGCGCUACCCGACCCAGACUUCCCUUGUUUUUCAAUUUUCUGUUUCUAUUGCGCCAUUUACCAUCUUGUUUCGUUUUGUUAACUGAAUGCCUGGAGCUGGCUAAAGAUAUCAGAGCUCAUGCAGAAUCUUCGAAAACAACGUAACCAAUAUAUAUAUAUAUAUAUAUAUAUGUUAUGGUUCUACCCUAAUUGUUUGUGCAAUUUGUUGAAUUCCAGUUAAUUUUAAUAACUCUCUCUGGAGGGCUCUAGUGUAUGUGGAGUAGUGGAGGGAAAAACCAAUGGGCAAAUACGAAACAUGAAAGCCGCACACGGAGUGGGGUCGAAAUGACGUGUGAUACUCCUCGCUCCCAGUUUCCACGCUGUUUCUUAAAUGUUGUUGUUUUUUUUUCACCUGCUCAACGGAAAUAGUCUGAAACGAAGGAAUGUUCAUGUUUUAGUUAUGAACUGAAUUGCGCCCCCGCAAACCCCGUGGAAUACCCUUCAUUAAACAUUUUAUUGCCGCGUUGAUGGAUUUGCCAAUAUUUUGUUCUUUUCGUUUUUUCUUUUUCCUCAGCGACUACGGCUAUCAUCCAAAUGGAAAUGAUUGCGUGAGGGACGAACAUAAACCUCCAGAGCUUUGUAUACAUGGUGACGUGGAAACAGACAAUUUAGGGUCAGUAAGGCUUGUGUUGUGUGAUUUUGCGGUAUGACACUGCGCAUCCAUAUGGCGCAUAGAUUCACGCGUGACCAGAGUGACGAAUUAUGGUAUAUUGUGGCUUUGUCGCGACAAUAGCAAAUCAGUAUUGUGAUUAUGCUGUUUUAAAAAAUUCAUGUCGUGACUGAUCUUUGUCAGUUUGGCUUGUGUGUUGCUUGAUAAAUGAAACUAUUGGAUCUGAAGAAAAUUUGGCUGCUAGUGACGUCAUCUAGGCCGUCGUCUGUGCCGUCAACUGGUCUCCAAUAGAUCAUAGAUAAGAACCAAUAAAACUGCCUGUAUAAUUCAGCUAAAUAUAUAAUAUAAUUUGUUGUAGAUAUCGACGUAUUCCAGGUGAUCAGUGCUGUGGAGGUGAUCCUAUUGUGAAUAAGUAUUUAGACUCACAGCAGCUCUGUAAAAAUGCUUCAUGGUACGAAUACGGGAUGAAUUAUGACUAUGAGGCAAAAUUUGCAAAGAAGGUAAGGACGCCGUUUUUUUAUAUUAUUUUAUUCAAUCGCUUGGGAGCGGGUCUUUAUUGUGAGCGCUACGGCACCAGUCUUUUUUUCACCCGCAGGAAAAGUAUAACGGCUUCAGCAACGCGAGCUGGCGAGAGGUCUGCAGGGGGUCUGGUACUGAUGAUGAUUAUUAGUGCCAGACCCCUUGCAUACUUCUCCUCGACGCGUCUGAAAUCUACAGGGCUCAUAAUGAAUAAUGAAUAUUCGAAGAGUUUAAGGAUUUCCACUUCAGAGGAAAUCCUUUAGUAUCUAACUUUUUUUAACUUUGUCGUUAGAUCGCCGUGGACUUUUUUAUACUGCAUAUUAUGUUUCACUGCCGAGCUAUAAAAUUUAUCAUUAUUUUAUUUACUCGAGGCUUUCGACAUUGUCGAUCCUAGCAGUAUGCAUGACGUGUUUCCAUAUGAAUCAAAUAUUGGCCUAGCUAACCUUAGCUUGAGAUCAGGCCCUCAUUAUUGGCGCUGCAGGACGCGCUUUUCUCUGUCCGCGGAAAGAUUUGAGACGACUCGGAGAGAAGUGUGAAGGGGGUCUGGCACUAAAAACUUAUUAUAAGUUCCAGACCCUCUCGGCCCACGUUCCUCAAGGUCAUAUCCUUCCCACGGACGAAGAAACGGUCAUGCUCAAGCACUAUUCGGCAGGCUAAGGUCAUCUUAGACUGAAUGUUUCUAGUGGUCAUAGUUCUUUUCCCCGUUUACUUGCCACUCACUCACGCAUCACAGAUACCGAGGCAGUGUUUCAACAUAGUUAAACGGAAUUCUUGAUAUAUUAACCCUUUCAAUCCCUGGAGUGACCAAAUAUGAGUUUCUCCUUACAAUACCAAUACAUUUUUAAGCAGAAGGGUGACGAGAAGUAAAGAACUUAUCAAGCAUGGGAUACCAUUUGAGUUCACACCAAAUUCUCAGACUUAAAAUUAUAAAAAAUAUACGACAGACAGUGUGGAGAAUCAAUCAUCAGAUCUUUUUCUUUUCUAUCUGUAGAAGGCGCACAGUAAAGGUGCGGUAUGGAUAGUCUUUCCUAUGGUUUUGAUUUUGAUUGUGGCCGCUGUAUACUUUGGCAGAAAAUACUGGAAGGUUCAUAAAAUGUAAGUGCAUUUUUAUCUUACACGAUGUGAUAUAACCUCUGUUUCAGAUAAUCUCUAUUCAAUGGAAAUUUUAUUUAAAUCAAACAAACUUGAAUUCCAACCGUGAAAAAAAAAAUUAAAAAAUGUGUACCAAGUUUGCUCAUCGUAUGAUCCUGUCGUCCUCAGUCACACAAUCGUACGGAAUUACAAAAUUGAAAAGGAUAAAGGAAAAAUCUCCAAUAAGUUACUUGCAGUGCCCCCUUUCCUCCUAAACAAUAUUGCCUGAAAUUAGUGACCAUUUUGUUAACUCCAAGUAACACUGAAAUGGGAGAGAGGGAGAUGGAAAUAAAGGUUUUGGAAAAAAAAUCUUGAAAGUAGUGGUGCGUGCCAAGAAUUUUCCAACUUAUUGUAACCUGGAGCAUCUUGAGGAAAUGUCGCAUUACAACUUUUGUUUUGUAUCAUUGCAGCCGCCCCUCUUAUCGCUACUCUAAACUUUCUCAAGACGACGUGGAAGAAAUGGAGGGCUCUGAGAGUUUCAAGUAUGAUCCCAGACCCAAAGGAUUGCGGGCGUAUCGAGAUUGUGAUACCAGUGAUGAUGUAAGUGCUGCCUUUGCUCUUUUCGUAUCAUGAAGACGAAUGCUUUUUUUUGAGAGGUGAAAGGGGGGGCAGGCUGGAAGAAUUUGGUUGUAUCGCUAUAAAUUGUGCUUGAUCCCUCUCCCCCCCUCCCCAGUCAAUUUUCUUUAGUCCUCCCUUUAUACUCUGACGAAUUUCAGAUAGGGGUUUCCCUUGAGUAGUAAGUUUCAAUCCUGCCCCAUUGGAAGGGAGGUGGUAAGAGAUUGAGGGAGGGGGUAGUGGUGGGGUUUACAGAGAGAAUUCCAGCGCUCACGGAACCACUCAGGUUUGUAACGAAAUCUUCAUUUAACUUCCACAGGAUGCAGCAAUGAUCGACCUGUGAGCCUGAUGUGGAAGCUUUCUGACACCAAGAUGUACAUAUAGUUUAAGCAUAAUGAUAAUUGUAGACUAGAAACAUCUGGCAAAAUGCAUGUCAUCCUAGGCAAUAAUAGACGUAAAGGAAGGAUCACUGUCAGUGGCUAAGCAACUGCAGACCAACCCCUCCCCCAACAUUAGCCUUAAUUUGUUAUCGGUUGAAUGUUUUUGGAAUAGGGGAGGGGUAGGUGCGCAGCGCUUGAGAUACUGACAUGGAUCAUAAAGGGACAAAGUACUUAUGUAGAUUAGUUUUUAAGGAUCGUAAGUUAUCACGUGGAUAUAACUAUAAAGUGUUAAAAAAGGAAAGUUUCGUGAUACCUUUGUAGAGGAUCACUGAAAAUCUCAUUAUUUAUAAGCGCAAGAAUCUAAGCUUGAUUGAUUGAUUUGAUUGUAAGGAAGCUUCGCACAGAAUCAUGUACCUUGCGUACAAAAUAAGACAACUGUAUUUAUGGAUCUGUCACGCGAUGCGAACAACAUGACUACAAGCCAAGCUUGGGUAUUUAAAGUGUAAGCUUUAUUUUGGAGAUUGUUAAUAUUCAUUAUCUGCGUGUCGAUGUUUAUUUUCAUGAGUAUAGUACCUAGUCACCAAUAUUAUUGAUUAGCUGUGAUAAUUUUUAAACGUAACAAAGAAUAUUUUU